CUCCCAAUAUGUCAGCCACCACAAAUAAACACAUUGAAUAGUGAGUGAUCAUGGAUCUAGAAACGUUUGUAGAUAAAACACUGCAUCUUCUUGAAACAGAAAGACAGUCAGAAGUCGAGGAAGCAAGGAUUUUGACGGAGAAACUUCCACCGAAGGAGCUCCAGAGACGAGGAGUAUGUCUGUUGAAGCUGAGACUGGCAGAGCGGCGGUCGGGACUGUAUGGUCGGACUCUAGUCACUCUUCAACCAUUCUGGCCUGGGCCCGACUUGCCAUCACAUAGCUUUACACCAGGUGACAUCAUUGGACUUUCUCUGUCACAAGGAGAGAACCAGCCAGACUUGGCUUCAGGGAUUGUCUCAAAGGUCACCCAGGCAUCAGUGACUGUUGCGUUUGAAGAGUCAGAUGAUGUGUUUUCGUGGGAUGAUGACACUCAGUACAAGAUCAUGAAACUCGCCAAUAACGUCACCUACCGGAGACUCAAGAAAGCUUUGAAAAACCUCAACAAAUACUCAAGUAGACCAUCACAAGGACUCAUUAGUGUUUUGUUUGGUUUAUCGGAAUUUUCUCCCCCUACAAAAGAAACAGAGAUUAACUUCAUGAAUGAAAAGCUAGACGAAUCUCAGAAGGAGGCUGUGAGGUUUGCGUUGCGUCAGCGUGAGGUCGCGGUAAUCCACGGACCUCCGGGCACGGGGAAGACCACCACAGUGGUGGAGGUGAUCCUACAGGCCGUAGGACGAGGACUCAAGGUUCUUGCUUGUGCUCCGUCAAACGUUGCCGUGGACAACCUGGUGGAGAAGGUAUCCAGCAGUCUUCAGAAGGUUGUGCGAAUCGGACACCCUGCCCGGCUUCUGCCUCACAUACAGAAAUACGCACUGGAUGCCAUCGUAGCCAGGAGUGACGAAACUAAACUGGUGCAGGACGUUAGAAAAGAUCUCGAUGAAGCUUUUAACAAGGUUAAGAGAUCGAGAAACAAGGGGGAGAAGCAUGGACUGCGUGACGAUAUCCGUCACUUACGCCGUGAGCUGGUACAGAGGGAGAAAGCUGCCAUCACUGAGAUUCUCAAGAAAGCCGAUGUCAUUCUUGUGACCUUGACCAGUGCGUCUAGUGAGGGACCACUCAAGUUUCUUGACGAAGAUCACUUUGAUUUGGCCAUCAUUGACGAAUGCUCUCAGGCUCUAGAAGCUGCUUGCUGGAUUGGUCUGAUGAGAGCUCCGAGAUGUGUCCUGGCUGGCGACCACCAUCAGCUACCACCCACGAUCCUAUCACACGAAGCUGCACGGAAUGGUCUUGACGUAACGUUGAUGGAGAGAAUUCUGAAAACCAGUAGUGCAGACGUUGUGCGCAUGUUGACCACGCAGUACCGCAUGAACCAAGCCAUCAUGCAGUGGUCGUCGGAUCAGCUCUACGACGGAAAACUUGUAGCCCACGAGUCCGUCAGGAAUCACCUCUUGAAAGAUCUUCCUGGUGUUGAGGAAUGUGAAGAAACGAGCUGCCCUCUCCUCCUCAUAGACACAACCGGCUGUGAUCUGUAUGAACUCGAUCUACCAGAGGAAAUAUCAAAGGGAAAUGAAGGUGAAGCUGAUAUAGUAGCAGCUCAUGUGGAGAAGUUGAUUACCAGUGGUCUAAAUCCAUGUGACAUUGCACUCAUAACUCCAUACAACUUACAGGUGGACAUCUUGAGGCUGCGUUUAUCAACCAAGUAUCCUGCCUUGGAGAUCAAGUCUGUGGAUGGGUUCCAGGGUAGAGAAAAAGAGGCAGUCGUCAUUUCAUUUGUUAGAAGCAAUCUUAAAGGGGUAGUUGGUUUUCUGGCUGAAAACAGGAGGAUCAAUGUUGCUAUCACGCGAGCUCGACGCCAUGUGGCCAUUGUGUGUGAUACGGAAACUGUGGGUCACAACCAUUUCCUCAAGACACUCAUCGAGUAUUUCACAGAACACGGAGAGGUGUGGUCGGCUCAGGAGUAUGUCCAGUCUGGGCAGGUGGUUCACGUUGGUACAAGACCAGAGCGUCUGGACAACAUUCUGUCAGAAAAAUCACAAACCAAAACCAAAUGGAAAAAAACCGCGAAGGACUCAAAGACAAGAACCGACACAGAAAGCCAGACAAGACAGAAUCAGUUCAUCAUAAAGCUAAAUCUGAGAGGUAUGUCAGUUACACGAAAAAGUGAUGUUGAGAAAGAAGAGGAAUUUACCAAGAUCCUAACAGAUUUCACGUCUGAUGAAAAACUGGAUACUAAAGAGUUCCCAUCCAGUCUCAACUCUCAUGACAGACUGCUGUUACAUCAGCUGUCUGAGAAACUAGGUUUGUGUCACAUCAGUAAAGGAGAGGAUAAAGACCGCCACAUCAUGGUGUCCAAACCGGGUCGAGGAAAGAUGGAGGCUGCGUCUAGCUCAUCACAGGUUUCAUCUGCACAGUCUCAGAUGGAAAAACCAAGAAACAGUGAGAGACAACCAGAGACUGGAGAAAAAAACUCUGGUCAGAAAUCUGUUGAACCAGGACAGGUUGAUGAAAGUGUAACUGAAAAGACAUCUUAUAAGGUUGACAGUGAGACUAUUAAUGAUGCUAACAUUGUCCUAAGUGGUGAACCACAACAAACUGUUCCCAGUGAUAAAAUAUCCUGCAAAUUCUGCGGCAAAGAUGUCAUCUCGGCAAACAUACACCUGCACGAACUCCACUGUUCGAGACAAAACAACAAACCUGCAGUGUCUGGUGGUGCUCUGCCAAAAAGGAAGGAAGUUAAAAGUGCCAACAAGUCUUCCAGGGGUAGAAAUGAUAUAUUGACGAAGAAAACGGCAGCAGCGUUGGCGAAUGUCGAUGCUGAUGACUUCGAUGGUAUGAUUUCAGCUGUUCAGAACAUGGACAGCAAGUGUCAUUUCAAGAAGUGCAAAGAGAUGACCUUGACCUUCAGUCAGACGUGUCAGUUUUGUAGGCAGAGGUUUUGUUAUGCCCACGCGAUGCCUGAAGUGCAUGGUUGCGGGGACGAGGCGAAGUUUGCCGCCAGACAGACUGUCAUUAAAGAAGGGAUUCUCUUCAGAGGAAACACCGCACAAAACAAAAAGAUUGACCCAGAUAAAAGAGCACACUUGCAGAGAAAACUAGAUAAGAAACUCGCUGAUAUGGGAGGCAAGAGAACUGGAAAGAAUAAAAAGCAGUAACUUAACAUUUGCAAAUUGGCUGUGUUUCUUUAAUGACUUCAAUUUGUUGCUUGUUUUUGUGAUGUUUGAUAAAAUAUAUUUCCGAUCUUCUUUAUUGUUAUGGAAAUUAUUAAAAGGU